AUGCCAUAUGAGAUACCAUUCAGCCAGCUUCCUGGACUAGGCGAGGAGGACUACCCCGGAUUUCCAGCACAGCUAUGUCCGAAUGAGUUACCGGACCUCUCCAAGCACUGUAGCCUGUGCGCAGAUGUCCUCAAGGACAACCCGGAGAUGUAUCAGGAGCUCAAAGACCGCCAAACAUCUACAGGUGUUUCCUUGGCGCGGUGUAUUAAGACAGGCAUAGAUAAUCGGGGACACCCGUGCCUGAAGUCCAUCGGCGCGGUGGCUGGCGAUGCAGAAUGCUACCAAGUCUUUGCGCCCCUCUUCGAGAAGCUGAUCCAAGGCCGGCACGGGAAGGUGCCGGAGGCUCACAUGAAAUGCCAUGGCCGCCGGACCCUCACUGCUGAAUCGGCAGAGCCGUUGGAGGGCUAUGUGAUCUCUUGCAAAGUUGCGGCUUCCAGGAACCUGGAUGGGACUCCUUUCCCACCGGCUGCUUCAAGAGAUCAGCGCCAAGAGGUCGAGCACAUGAUCUCAGGAGCUGCUCUUCAAAUGGAAGGCGCGCUGAAGGGCACCUACUUCCCUCUCGUGGGCUCCUCGUCCUAUCCUUCGAAGCCGGACGGUAUGACAUUGGAGGAGGAAAAGAUGCUGACUGACGACCAUCUUCUCUUUCAGCAUCCAGAUGCCCCCGCAGUGCUGAGCACUGGAUCUGGGCGGCAUUGGCCACACGGUCGAGGCGUCUUCGUCAAUGAACGCAAGACCUUGACUUUGUGGAUCAACGAAGAGGAGCACCUCAAAGCAACUUCUCAGAGACAGGGUGGUGAUGUCCAAGCAGCUUUUAGGGAGCUUUCGGCCGUACUGGCACACAUUUCUGGCAGCCUAGCCGACCGGGCCGGUUUUGCAAAGAGCGAUCGCCUGGGCUACCUGACAUCGAACCCCGCGAACAUUGGCACAGCACUCCGGGCAGAGAGCUCAGCGUAUUCCUUGUACCAUUUGGCAUUCUCUUGUCCGGGCUCGGUGGGUGGGCUUGGAGUUGGGAGAGAAUUUAGAGAAUCAUGA